UUCGCCCAACUUCCCUGUCUGGUUCUUCUACUUGUACGUCACUUCCUGUAACGCUCUCUGUGCGAGUUUUGUGCAAAGAUGGCGUCCGUGCAGCUAACGGACGAGGAGCUUUUUUCUGAGUUAAAGCGUCUCGGCGCCUCUCCGGGCCCGGUUACCGAAAACACGAGGCCCGUGUACUUAAAAAGGCUGAAAAAGCUACGCGAGGAGCAACAGCAGCGGUCCCGUGGCGUGAAAGGAAGAAACGGCAGUAGCGUCAACAGCAGCAGCAGUGCUAGUGCUAGCGCUAGCGGCGGCGGCGGCAGUAAUAACGGUCACACAGCGGCGGGAGCUUCGGCGUUUCGGGCUCGUCCGGCGGCCAGUGACGUCACGCACGUGAACUCGACUCGGAGCUCAGGUAGUCGGUCAUCCUUGAACGAAAAGCGAGGGGACCGGAGUGGAAAGUUCGUCCUGGGGUUUAGCUCGGACGAGUCAGACGCAGAGGCGCCGCAGAAAAGGGGAGGCCUGAGCCCGAGCAGCGGUGGCAGGAGAGACCGAGGCUCGGCGCUGCACUCGGCAAGGCCUACACAAGAGUCGCCAGCCGUCGGCGCGCGCAGAACUACCGGCCUCGGGUUAAACAGUAGCGGCAAAUCUCAUCUCGGGCUACCGGAGAGCAGGAGAAGCACGUUCGGGUCGGCGUUGUUGGCAGAUUACCGGGGGAAUUUAAGCUUCGGGGACUCGCAUAAGAUAGAUAGGUAUGACGGCGAGUCAGAGGAGACCGACCAUCUACAAGAGGAGCCCGGGAGCACCGGGAGGACUCUGAACGGUAGUAAAGGGACUUACAGUAACCAGGGGGAUUAUUCUGAUUCAGACGAAGAGGAAGACGACGACGAGGAGGAGGAAAGGCGACGCCGUCUGCUUUCCAGACGGAGUGUGACGAAGUUCACGUCCACCCCUUACAAAAGCGUCCGGGAAAAGCUGACGGACCACGGGUCCGGCGCUGUCGGUCUAGACAUGGCGAGUGCGCAGGGGGAGGACGACGAGCUGAUCGGGAGCUUUCUGAAAACGUCCCGCUACACGAGUGUAAACGGCGAGGAGGAGAGCAGAAGCGGCAGGGAGGCCGCGGCGAGCAGCGGGAGCCUCAGCUCCGGACUCAGAGCCCGGUAUUCCACUUACAACAGCCUGGCCUCUCCUUACACCUUCAACCACUCGAACCACACGGGCUCCAACCAUAACUACAGCCACAAACGGAAAGCCACGGGGCCAGAGGAUGAGCUGCUGGAGCAGUUUAAACGGGACGAGGUGUCCGGCCCCGGCGGCUUCAGCGCUCACUACCUGUCCAUGUUCCUCCUGACCGCCGCCUGCCUCUUCUUCCUGCUGCUCGGCCUCAUGUACCUGCGCAUGCGGGGCUCUGGAGCCUCAGACGCAGUUCCUGGUCGAAGCCACCCGUUUGGUGAAGAUUUUGAUAAAACAUAUAACCAUGCGGAGAAAGACACCAUUCUUGGUCUUUUGGUUCAUCUGCAUGAUCAUCUGGCCAAUAUUGCAGGUGAACAUGAUUGUAAAGAUCCCACAGAACCAUUAAACAGAAGCAUCUCCUUCUCUGAGGCAACCAAGUAUCUAAUGAUGCAAAAUAAAAGCUAUGAAGGUUGGAUAGAAACAGCUAUGGAGUGGAUCAUUAGAGCUGGAGAUAUUUGUGGUAUAAGGUUGAUUGCAGAUGACCCUAUGCAACAAGUGGAGGAUGUGUCCGACGUCACUCGUCUGGAGUCCACCCACCCUCGCAUGUCCUUCAUUUGCCGCUUUCGACGAGCCUUCUUCACUGUGAUCUACAGAGUGCUCCUCAUCCUUGCUGAAAUUGGCAUUGUUUUUGGAGUGCUGCGAUAUGUGAAGUACCGAUGGAGGCGGGAGGAGGAGGAGACCAGACAGAUGUAUGACAUGGUGGAGAGAAUCAUAGAUGUCAUGAGGAGCCAUAACGAGGCAUGCCAGGAGAAUAAGGACCUGCAGCCUUAUUUGCCCAUUCCUCACGUACGGGACUCUCUCGUUUCGCCUCACGACAGGAAGAAGAUGAAGAAAGUAUGGGACAGGGCUGUGACUUUCCUGUCUGAAACGGAGUCCCGCAUCAGGACAGAAACGCAGAGGAUUGGAGGAGCUGAUUUCAUGGUGUGGCGGUGGCUCCAGCCUCCUCUGUCUUGUGACAAGAUGUCCAGUAUGCCUUCCAAAAUGUGGCAAGGAAAAGCAUUUCCGUUGGACCGAAGGAAUUCACCACCGAACAGCUUAACGCCAUGUCUGAAAAUUCGCAACAUGUUUGAUCCUGUAAUGGAAGUGGGAGAAAACUGGCAUCUUGCCAUUCAAGAAGCCAUUUUGGAGAAAUGCAGCGAUAAUGAUGGGAUUGUCCACAUCGCUGUUGAUAAGAACUCACGAGAGGGUUGCGUUUAUGUGAAGUGCCUUUCAGCUGAGCACUCUGGGAAAGCUUUCAAGGCACUGCAUGGCUCAUGGUUUGAUGGAAAGCUGGUGACUGUAAAAUACCUACGUCUUGACCGAUACCACCAGCGUUUCCCGCAGGCCUUGGGCUGUAACACACCCCUGAAACCGUCCAGCUCUAGCAUGAACACCAUGGCUCGGUUACAGCCGAGCUCCAGCCCAUCCAGCUUCCUGAGCUUCUCCUGAGUCCUGAUCACGUCCUCUUAUGCUCUCACUCUCCCUUUUUCUUUUCUUCUCCUUCUCUCUGAGAGUCUCUCGCUCUCCUGGGUCCUUCUCUUAAGUUGGAGCCAUGAUCAGGAGCUUUCUCUUCAUGGAGACGUAUAGUGGUCUUUUGUAAGCAGGUCUAAAGUGACUUUGCUUGCAACCCUGUCAGCUUAUUUGUCUUGCAGAAGGAGCUGAAAAGGAGAGCUGUACACAGCAAACAUGUUGGGAGUUGUCAGAGCUUUACUUAGGAUUGCUAGUCAUGCAUAUCCCUCUUCUCAAACUUUGGUGCAAUGGACACAGUUAUCUAUUAUUCUUUUUUAAAAAAAAAAAAAAAAAGAAAGAAAAAAAAAACAGACUGGCUUUAUGGAGUAAACAAGGAAACGUGGCUUCCAAUUUAUUCUAAUAUUCAGAUUUGAGAAUAUAUGAGAGAGAACUGAAGCUGCUGUCUGUGGUUCUACUCUUGUUGUUUUUUUUUUCUUUUUCUUUUUGUGUUUUUUUUUUUUUCCAGUUUACUCUUCUCCUUGGGCAAAAGGAGUUCUAUUGGGCUAUACAUAGCUGCAUGUGCUGGUUCCAAUAUCCCUAUAUUUAUGCUUUAAAUUGUAUCAUAUAACUUGGAUGUUUAUUUCCCUGCAGACUUUUUAACUUUUAUGUAUUUUCUUUCUUUGUAGUUUUUAGUCCAAAACAAUGGCAUGCACACACUCUAGAAGGGGUGCUGUAAAUAUUUUUUUGGAUGGUGGUGGUUGAAAUUGUCUGUAUAAAACUGCAGAUUGUCAUAAGCUCUAAUUAAUUUCGUACCAACAAAUAAGUGAAAAGACGUGUCCGAUGAGAUGCUGUGACCACAGUAAUGCUAAACAAGCCGCUUGGUUUUGAACUGCCUGUUGAGAAAUUGGCUUUCUCUGUAAUUUAAUGUGUUGAUACCCCCACUUCAUGCAUUUCUCAUUUCAGUCUUGCCAUUUUGAUUGUAUUCCAUUGUAUUCAAAUGCGUUACUAUAAUUAUUUUCUUUAUAUUUUGAAAGUUAUACAUUUUUAUUAUGAUUGGUGCAGUUUCAUUGUUUUGACUUUUUGUUGCUCAUCCUCUGUCCACCAAAGCGAUGUAGUGUGCAGCUAAAUCAUUCCACAUGAUCAGGAUCAGCAAAUCCGGUCAGGUGUUGAAGUUUGUCACCCUUUUUGGCCCAUUUUGUUUCACCAAAAUUCGCCGAUUCGCCACCCUGAUCUUCACAAAGCAUGCCAUGUUUUGGUUAAGUAUGGUCGGGGUUCAUUUGCAAUUAAUAAAGUAUACGUUUGUAAGAAGUAUUGUCCCCGAUGAAUUAUCAAGGUUCAGAUUAACUCCUGUAGCACAAAGUUUUAAUAACCUAACUAUAUCAAAAUUGCAGAGUGUGGUUCAUUUGACUAAGCAGUUAUGAUGAGUUUGGUACCUCAAUCCCUUUGUGUCCAUAUUUUUUAUUUUAUUUUUUAUAAUUUUCAUUACUAUUUCUAUAAGAAAUGCAGUACAGCUGGAGUUGGAGUAUUUGCAGCAAGAUGUGCAAAGUGCAUUGUUCUUUGCAGCAAAUAACCAAAUUGUGCCUUAAUUUAGUGCUGUUUUAUGGUCUGGCACUGCAUUCGUUGGAAAAGUAUUUACAAUUAUUAUUUUUUUUUUUUACCUUUUCCAAAUUUGACUAAUUAUUAGAAGAGCAGAGCUAGUCAAUUCCUUAUUAAAACUCCUAAAUAAUUUGGGCGUCCUUAGAAAGGUGACACUGACAUGAGAUCCCUAAUAUAACGUACACAUGCAUGGGUGCACCUAAUAAAACAAUUCAUCAGUUAGAUCAUAAUUGUUACACACCAUAAUGUCCCCAUGCAUGCACAUUUUUUUGUUUUUUUUUAAUGCAGGGGUUGACGUAUUUUACUUUGAACAGUUGUAUAAUCACAGAGUUGAUGUGUAAGAAAUAAAAAUGCAGAAACACGUCACUGUACUUGCACAUAGUGUAAUUUGCUUUGUGUCCAUAGCCCGAUAUUGUAUUUUUACUUGUUGCCCCUUUUUAGUCUUUCCUUUUUCCAUGCAGGCUGUAAAUUAGGUGAAUGUAAACUUUGAUUGGUGUGGCACGACUUUAAAAUAGUGCUUGACCUUCAUUUCCAUUAUAAUUGUUUUUUUUCAUGUUGUUUUCCCCCUGUGACGUACUUUUGUACAUUGUACAUUUUUAUCUGUACAAAGUAAUAUUAUGCAGCAGUCUCAGCACAUUGUAUGGUUUUGACCAAGAUCCCUGACCUGCAAGUCAGAGGGGAAAGUAAACAAUAAUCCAGGCUUUUUAAAGCUUCAGAUUGUUUUAAUGUAAUUUGUCACUUGUUACACCUGCUCUGAUUAAAGGUUUAUUAAGGGUUUUUAA